GGAAAAACAGGCAUAGAGGCCAAAGGAAAUUUAGAUUCAGGUGCACAGAAAAGAUAUGUCAACGACUGUAAAGAAGCACUGAGCUAUCAUUUAAACUUCACUGGCCUUUAAUUUUGAAGCAUGAUGCAUCACGUUCUAUUAAAUGUCACUCCCUAACUUACCAGAAUCAACAUCACCUUGACCCAUUUUUUUGGCAGAAAGUCAAGUUAGCUUAGAAACUGCCUUCCUGUUCAGAAUGGAAGCAGUACUUCUAGUAACGAACAGAUGCUGAGAGGGGAAAUGAAAUAAACAGAUAACAGUAGCUGUCACCAUUAUGAACUGGUGAGCUUCGUUUGGGAAUCUUGCCAAGCAUGCUGCCAGUAGAAUUGAUGCAUUUUCUGUAUGCCUCAUAGGCAUAGGUUAAGAUGCUUUCAGAUCAAAAGUAUACCAGCUCAUGGUUGAGGCUAUCAUAGUUCAGUUCUCUCAAAUUCACUGGAGCCCUGUCCAUAGCAGUGCUUUUAGAAUCUGAUAUCUAGGUGUGAUCCUUGACUACACUUAAUGGGAAUGUUAAUGAUCAGUUUCAUUGGGAUUACAAUGCUAAUGUAAGAUGACAGCUCAUUUGUUUUCUUAAAGUGGUCUGGCUGAGCCAAUCAGGUUGCAGAUAAUCUUAUUAUACCAGUCAGCCCUCGGAUUACUUUUGAUGAGCUUUUGGAGCUAUCAUGUGUCAUACUUUCCUGCAGGCUGGAGACCGCUUGUGUUUCAGCUGGAUAAGGUCAGAUCUUAAUUUAACUACCAACUGUGUACUUAAUUUUAGAAAUGCCACAUGACCUAGCCAUUUGCAAGGCCUAUACUUGCAUGCUUGAAAUUCAGGGCCCAAUGAAACAAUGGCAAGAUUUUGAAAAGGUGAGAAGCUCCCUUUGUCUAUAGAUUGCCAAUUAACCUUAUAGUGGUAUCUUAAAACUAGGAAUAAAUCCAAAUAUAGAUUGCGAUUAAUUAUCUUGCUUUGAAUAAUCCGAGCCUGCAUGCUUAUUGUCCUUUUCUUCAGUUUUUGGGAGGAAAGCUAAUGGCACUUAGAUUGUUUAUGUGUUAAUCAACUCCAAUUUACAGUUUUUAUCCACAUAAUAUUAAACACCUGUCCAAUGUGCUUAAUAUUAAUAAAACUAUGGUUGCUAGGGAUGUUUGUGAGCAUCAAAAAUCAUUAUGGAAAAACACUACUCUUGGAGAACAAAAAUAUUUAAAUAUCUUAAAAACCACUGACUUUGAAGUGCUUAGCUUUUAGCUGAAUCAUAACUUGAGAAUGCACAAGGGAAUUAUGCUGCUUAUUUCUUUAUUUAAAAAGCUUGAAACAAAACAGCAGGUUGUCUAUCAGUUUUCUGUGAGUAGGGCUACCGGUGUGGGUUGCCCUAAGGCACUUUGUACCACUUUGUAAACUGCUUUGCAAACUUUCUGAUGGAAAGCAAUAUAUAAAUACUUCAAAUAAGUAAAUAAAAAUAUGGACAUGACAUAGUGUUGAUAGCCAAUUAUAUUCUGGUGACGUGAUUCAGUGGGAGCCAAAGAAGCUAGGGGAUGGUCAGAAGAGAUGAUUCAUCUGAAUAUUCUCCUUCCCCCAUUCUCUGUAAGAAAAUUCAUAUCUGUGUAUGGAAAAAUACACAGUUUGAGUGUGACAGGGAAGGAGACACAAGAAAGAAUCUGGGCUCUGCAAGCAUCUUAGGGUGCUGGCUGUCUCCCUGAAGAUCUGGUGUGUAAUCAGUGAGCUUUGUCUGUCUGUUGGAAUGUUUCAGCUGUGCUUUCAACCUGUAUAUUUGUAAAUAAAUGCAAAUGUUACAAAGCACCAAUAAGCUUCCAUUGACUUCCUUCCAAAGGAAACUGCCAGUGCUAUGCCACUGGAACUUUAUUAAUUUCUUAGAAGGCAGAAAAAUAUGCUUUAAUUUAUGAACUGUUAACACAAUCCAUUAUGAUACCAAUUCAGAUCAUUUUACCAGUAUAUCACCAAAAAGAUAAAAUUGAAUAUAACAUUAACAUAACACCGUCUUCCACCCUGCUGUGUUUCCUUGAAUGUCUAGCACUUUGUCGCAGGUGAGCUUAACCUAAUGUGUCUAAUUCAUGGGAUUUUUGAAUGUGAACUCUUUUCUCAUUGCUCAUCUUAACAGGUCAUUCUACAAUUGCCUGUGUGUGAAGGGAGGAUAUCUCAAUUGUUUUCUGUCUCUCUUAUAUAUGGAAUAAAGCAAUACCAGAUUUCAGCAAAAUCAUCAGUCUGUGUGUCUAUUCUGUGCUUACAUCUCUCUUGCUAGCCUUUUGUAGCCACAAGUGUCAAGUUAUUAGCAGUUUUCCAGUUUGGGGCCACCACCUAGCAAACAGCCACCAAUAAGAAAGCCAUCAAGUCCUUUUACCAUAAAUUGUGAUGUUUUUCCACAUAUGGAGUUAGAAGAGCUAGGUUAGAAUCUAACAUAUGUAAUUUUUGUUGUUGUUUAGUCGUUUAGUCGUGUCUGAUUCUUUGUGACCCCAUGGACCAGAGCACGCCAGGCACUCCUGUCUUCCACUGCCUCCUACAGUUUGGUCAAACUCAUGCUGGUAGCUUCGAGAACACUGUCCAACCAUCUUGUCCUCUGUCGUCCCCUUCUCCUUGUGCCCUCCAUCUUUCCCAACAUCAGGGUCUUUUCCAGGGAGUCUUCUCUUCUCAUGAGGUGGCCAAAGUAUUGGAGCCUCAGCUUCACGAUCUGUCCUUCCAGUGAGCACUCAGGGCUGAUUUGCUUAAGAAUGGAUAGGUUUGAUCUUCUUGCAGUCCAUGGGACUCUCACCUUAGAAUAAAGAACCGAGAAAAUUAUCAAUUCAUAUUUUGUGCAAAUCUUGAACAUGAAUGCUGAACAGGGAAGCUUUGUGUCUUGCUAGAGAGCCGCAGCUGAUCAGUUUGGUUGCAUAAAAUCGUUCAUUUGGAUGGCCAUAUGAGUGUUAGUUAAAUGUGGAGGUACAUUCUAGUGAUGAGUAGAAAGUGAAGCCUAAGAGUUCUUUGGCAUAGGAGCUAGUCAUUCUUUAACUUUGUUUUUCCCCUACUACUGUGUAUAGUUAUGACAUUAUAUUUUCUUAUAUUCCUUUGCUUAACCAUUAACCCCACUGUACUUAAACAAUUAGAGUGCUUUUCAGCACAAGUCACGCAAGAUAUGACCUCUCGUUUAUUUUGUGGCUUGAGAACAGCUCAUAAACCCAUGCCAAGAAGAUGGAAGGAAAUGAGGGCACUGAUGAAGAUCAUCUCACUGGCUAUGGUGUUCAGUUUAGCAUCCAGGAGUCCCUUGAAAGUGCAAGGAGCCAGCAAACUUCUUCCCCUGAUCAUGAGGCAAGGUAUGUCAGCAAUCUUGCAGCCCAGGUCUGAAUGUCUGGCGCCUGGUGCCUGAAUGUCAAUAUUUCACCCCCAUAUCUCUCCUAAUUGGUUUGAACCUCCGACUGUUGGGUACAAUCUCUAGUUAUUCUGGAAGAGUAAGCUGUAGGAUCCUAUGGAGUUGUUUAUAAUGUAAAUUUAUGGCCUGUUUUCAAUGGUUUGACAUGGAUACUAAUAAACCUAAAAGAAUAUGCAGUCUAUUGAAGAGUGAUAGCAUUCAGUCAGUUCUUACAAAGGCAAUCCUUAUUUGGCCCAACCAAAACCAACCGCAUCUGGCAGGUCUUACAACACUUUUGAAAUAUGGGAGAACUAGGAAACAUGCUGAGCCCAAGUGCUGAGAAAUUAGCAACUCCUUUGCAUGCUUCUGUCCUUUUGUGUUGCUCAACAUAGAUGUACCUCUAACCAGAACCACUGGUACAAUGAUUUAGGUUGGGGAAGUAGCAGAUAUAUGCAGUGAGAUAGCAGCAAAGACUCCCAAAGCUUGAGAUAUUGUUUAUACCUUGUCUCCCCUAUCAUUUUUUCCACUAGGUUUCUACCAGUCAGCGAUCAAAACAGGAAGCUUGUAGCUGCUAUAAGAGAAGGUACGAGUACUAAACGACACCACUGUUAAGAUGGUUGUAUUACCAUCAGUUAUUGUUGUGAAUGGUGGUGCAGUUGGGUAAUUGUAGACUCAGAACUUAAUAGUCUAAUGGGAGGGAGCUCCUUCAAUGGUUAUAUGUAUUACUUCAAACUGUGGUAAAGCUAUGCUGCAUCUGGGCACUGUUAUGUACUGAAGUUCUCACCCUGGGCCAGCAGGGGGAUACUGUAGAUAGUUUUCACUCAGGUCCACAUAUGCAAAUAAGGGAUUGAAAGUGACGUUCAGUGAUUGGAUAGUUACAGAAAGUGGUUACAGUUGUGUUGUAGUAGAGCUCUAUAUAAGCAGGCUGGCUGAACCCUUCAGUUCAGUUCUGUUCUGGCCUGUGAAUAAACAAGAGCUGUUUGAAGAAUUGCUGUGUCGUCUGAUAUGUUCACCCACAACUUAACAGGCACCCUCCUACUCUACUGAGUGGGGCUGUAGACUUCUACCCCCAAAACAGCAUCACUGUAUUUUUUGCCAAUUAACCCUGACCAAAUUAUUUAGCUUAAAGAUGUUCUGGUUUUGAAAGAUGACCGUUGCUCUUCAUGGAGUUAGCCUUUGGGUUUAUUUCACACUGGCUUAUUAUUUUUCUUUUGAGGUCGAGUAUCUGAGCUUCGAGACUAUGUGAAAUACAAAUAUGCUUUGGAUGAGGCUGAUGAGAGAGGUUGGUUUCCGUUACAUGAAGCUGCUGCUCAGCCAAUUCAGCAGAUACUUGAAGUAAUCUUGGAUGGUAAGUUGGCACAGGUUAGCAGAGAUGGAAAAUAUUGUUGUGGAGGUGAAAUAGGUGUGUGUGUAAUUAACCAAAAGAAUUGACUGUGUGCCUAGAUUCAAAACAUGGAGUUUUGCACACUCUCCAGCGGGACAGAGCUCCCAGCGGGGUUUAAAACACUCCGAGAGUUAAUGGACUAUGCAGAAUUGGACAAAAUGACAGGAAGGAUUCAAAACCUGCGGGACCAGAGUUUUACAGAAAAUUGGAAGAUGUAUAUGAAUUACUUGAAGAGCAACUAUAAUCAACAAAUUACGCUAGUAGGAUUAUAAUAAGUUUUGUAUGGAGAUAUAUACGAAGUGUUACAAAGUAGAAAAAGAUAGAGAUAUUGGUUAUGAGUUUGAAAUGUAAUAGGGAAGAUAAGAAAUGCAUACUAAGAGAUUAGAUUGGAAAAUUUUCAGACAGGAUUGAUGGAAGUCAAAAAAAUUGAAUAAGAUGUAAAAGUAUGUUUAAUUACUGUUGAAAAUGAUAUGUUAAAAAACUAAUAAAAAAAUUAUAUACAAAAAAUAAAACACUCCGAGAGUUAACCAGCAGCAUAGUGUGGAAUAUAAAUUGUUAAACCCUUUUGGUUAUCCCAUUUCGUCUGCCUUAAAAUGUUUGCCUCCUCUUUUUAUGCCUCUAGCAAUGAACAGACCACACACUUUUAAAUAAGUUUAAGAUGCUUUCCUUACUAAAUUCAAAGGUCUGGUUCAUGCAUUAUUCCAUGAAGCAUCAGGGAGAACACAGGUAGAUGCUGUAUUUAUGAUGUUCUAUUAUGUUCUAUCAUGUUGUUAUUGCUUGUAAGCCACUUUGGGAAUCAUUUGAAUGAAAAGUGGCAAAGAAAUAAGUCAAAUCAAAUUUCCUAUUUCUCUAUUUCGCAAAGUUGCCUAUGGGACGCUCACAAGCAGGAUGUGAGAGCAAAAGGUGUCUCCCCAUGUUUUUCCCCAGCAACUCGUAUUUGGAAGAAUGUGGCCUUUAAUUCUAAAGUCAGCAUAUAUAGUCAUCAUGAUUAGCAGCCAUUGAUAGCCAAUGGGUAUGCAUUCACAGUUCUGGAUUUAUACUCUAUAGCUCCCUUUCCUUCAUGCAGCAUUCUGCUACUCAGGCAAGAUCUCAUCCAGAAGCUGUACAGAAGAGCCUGCUUGGAUUAAGAUGAAAACAUGUAUUAAAUACAUGCAUGUUCUCAUAAGACACGAAUUAAUAAGCAAGCUACAGUGGUACCUCGGGUUACAUACGCUUCAGGUUACAUACGCUUCAGGUUACAGACUCCGCUAACCCAGAAAUAGUACCUCGGGUUAAGAACUUUGCUUCAGGAUGAGAACAGAAAUUGUGCUCCGGCAGCGUGGCAGCAGCAGGAGGCCCCAUUAGCUAAAGUGGUGCUUCAGGUUAAGAAAAGUUUCAUGUUAAGAACGGACCUCCGGAACGAAUUAAGUACUUAACCCGAGGUACCACUGUAUUGUUUAAUUUUAAAAAUAUAUGUGCAUAUUUACUAAUGUGGCAUUGAUACAGGUGUUUGCUUGUUUUUUAAAAAAAAUAAUAAAUCUAGCGUCUUAUAAAGCAAUGUGGGAAUAUAAAACAUGCGAUGGAGAGACACCGUUGACGUUGGCAGCCAAAUCUCGCCAUGUAGGAAAUGUCAGGACGCUGUUGGAAAAGGGGGUCUGGCCCAAUACCACUAACCGGAAAGGAGAGACUCCUCUUCUGAUUGGUAAUUGCUUCAUUAAUGGCUUGCAGUGUUUGGGCUUGCUGCUAGUUCAUGUAGAAUCAAAGGCUGGUCACCCUGGAAACUGGACAUUCAGCUGGAGAAUGCACUCCCCCCCAGCUUAAUGAACACAUUUUAUGCCACACAAUAUGAACACUAAAACCAAUUACAAUAAACACUACCAAUAAAAACCUAAAAAACAAACAAACCAUCUAUACAGAAAAAAAGACAGGUCUUGCCCCUCUGGAAGAGGCCACAAGUACUUUAAACCCUUCAAAUUAACAUCAAAAAGCCAAGGUAAGAAGCAGCAGAAAGCUGCUGUUUCUAAGGAUGUGCAUUCCUGCCCCAUAUCCCAUAUCCUGUCUCAGAAGUGGUACAGAAAGAAAGAGGAAGCCCUACUCUGCCAAUAUUAAUUUUGAAUAUAUUUUAUAAAGGGUUUGGGGGAAGGGUUAGAGGAUCACGAGGGAACUUUUGCAAAUAUGGAUGAAUGGUGUGCAUGCUUUUUUAGAACUAUUGCAUGUGCAUAUGUAUCGUUGGCCAUAAAGUUUAUUUUUUUGUUGUUGCUCUGCUGCAGCCACCAUUGGAAUACUGCUCUCAACAGGUUGGUUGGGAUCAGAUUUUGCCCUCUGACCAAAAGUGAUUUCCUGCCUCUGCUAUACUCACCUACGUUAGAAUAAGUCUCAUUGAACUUAGUGGGGUUGCGAGGAGUGCAGAAUAAGGACAAUAUCGAAAAUGUUUCAUCUCUUCUUUUUGUCUGUUUCAAUCUGUAAGCAACAAAACAGGGCUCGUAUGAAAUGGCUUCCGUUCUGAUUGAAUUCAAUUGUACCGUCAAUCAGCCAUGUGUAAAACGUUGGUCGGCAAUGCACGAAGCGGCGAAACAGGGUCGCAAUGACAUCAUUGCUCUGCUGCUGAAGAAUGGUGGCAACGUGCACCUAAGAGACGGAUUUGGAGUAACUCCUUUAGGUGUAGCUGCUGAAUACGGCCACUGUGAUGUGCUGGAGCAUCUCAUUCAUAAAGGUGGGUUUGUACUUCAACAGGUAGCAGUUUAUGCUGCAGCAAGGCUCUCUGUUUCUGAGCACAACUCAAAGUGUAGGUGCUGACCUUUAAAACCCUAAAUGGCCUUGGCCCUGUAUACCUGAAUGAGUGUCUCCACCCUCAUUGUUCAGCCCAGACACUGAAAUCCAGCGCCAAGGGCCUUCUGGCGGUUCCCUCACUGUGAGAAUUGAAGCUACAGGGAACCAGGCAGAGGGCCUUCUCGGCAGUGGCUCCUGCCCUGUGGAAUGCCCUCCCAUCAGAUGUCAAGGAGAUUAGUAACUUUAUAACCUUUAGAAGACAUCUGAAGGCAGCCCUUUAUAGUAAAGCCUUUUAAUGUGUGAUGUUUUAUUAUGUUUUUAUUAUGUUUAUAUAUGUUGGAAGCUACCGAGAAUGGCUGGGGCAACCAAGUCAGAUGGGUGGGGUACUAUUGUUAUCAUCAUCAUCAUCAUCAUCAUCUCCUUCAAGGCCUUUAGGGGCUCCUUUCAGGCCACAUCUGUCCAGGGAACAGAAACCUAGGAUGGUAUCUAUGUCAUGGUUAACUUGCAUUCAUUGAUUUCAAUGGGUCUGACUUGGGCUGCCCCUAGUAUCACUAUACCUCAAAUGAACCCUAAUAGAAGAAGAUUCCUGCUGGAUCAGGCCAGCAGUCCAUCUAGUUCAUCAUCUUGUUCUCACAGUGGCCAACCACAUGCCCAUGGGAAGUCCACAAGCAGAACCUAGCCAGGAUCUCUGAGGGCAUAGCCCGAAUCUAUUCAAGUCCACUUCUGUGCUUACCCAUCCUAAACUCCAUUUAGGAACAUACCGUAGGUAGCUGACUUAGAUGAGUCAAACUGUCAUUCUAAGUAAAGGUAAAGGGAACCCUGACCAUUAGGUCCAGUCAUGACCGACUCUGGGGUUGCGGCGCUCAUCUCGCUUUAUUGGCCGAGGGAGCCGGUGUACAGCUUCCAGGUCACGUGGCCAGCAUGACUAAGCCGCUUCUGGUGAACCAGAGCAGUGCACGGAAAGGCCGUUUACCUUCCCGCCAGAUCGGUGCCUAUUUAUCUACUUGCACUUUGACGUGCUUUUGAACUGCUAGGUUGGCAGGAGCUCACCCUGUCGCGGGGAUUCGAACCGCCGACCUUCUGAUCGGCAAGUCCUAGGCUCUCUGGUUUAACCCACAGUGCCACCCGUGCCCUGUCAUUCUAUUUAGCCAGGAAAAAACUAGUUUGGUGUAAUGAGAUAGAGUGUUGGACAGACUGGGAAGAUCUGGGUUCAGUUAUUGGCUCAGCCUUGAACAUCUUUGCCUUUGGGCAUGUCACUGAAUUUCCCUCACAGGGUUGUGUCUGAGUUUAUAAUGGUAUAAUCUAUCUAUCUAUAAUGCAUUGACUUUCUUCAAGUAAGAGCAGUAUACAAAAAGAAUUGGAAAAACCCAACCGUAGAAAUCUCCUCUUUGUACCUCGUUAACUGUUCAUAAAAUGUCGAGGAGAGAGAAAAGCAAUAGUGCUUUGACAAUUUGUGACACUGAGAUUAAGAUGUGGCAUUGCACGGGUAUUUAAAUAUUGCGCUAUAUAAGGCAGUACAAGGUCACAUAGGCACAAAACCUCAUUUCUUUGGUUUUGCUCUCUAUACCUGAAUCCUCAUUAUACUCUGGAGCAGUGGACUCUUUCAAGUAUUUCGUAUUGAAGAACUGUCCCCAACCAACUGUUCCUCAAUUAAUUUCGAUUUGUAGCCUUUCUCAUCUGAAAAGAUUCCUUGGGGUAUUUUAAAAGCAAGCAAGAUAUAAAAUAUAUAUCGUCCUCCUCUGCUCUCAACCUUUAGCUUAGCCCCUAAAGUACACCUCAAAUUAAAGCUGAUUACAUUGCUCCUGGUAAAGUUUUAGGACUGGUCCCACCAACCCUCAAGCCUAUAAAAAACUCAUCAUGCCUGUCAUGAACCAGCAUGCUGUAGUGGUUAGAAUGAUGGACUAGGACCUGGGAGACUAGGAUUCAAAUCUUUUCUGAGCCGUGGAGCUCACUGGGUGACCUUGACCAUAUGACUGUCUCAACUUACUUCCUUCUCAGCAUUGUUGUAAGGAUAAAAUAGGGAGGGUGAGAACCUUGCAUGCCACUAUGAAGUCUCUGUAGGAAAGGUGAUAUGUAAAUAAAAAUGUAAUUUAAAAAUGUAAUUUUAAUGCAGCUUUUAGGCCAAAAUGAAAAUAUAACCCAAACAUCGUCGAUGAACCAUUUCUUCCUUAAUUAAAUACUGCAUACUAUUCUUUUUGCAACUGUUUGGUUUUAACCUGGGCUGGCUUGCAUGUUUUCCUUUUUGAUUCCCAGUGUUGCUGAGUUUAAAUUCAGUUUCAGUCCUAAUAAUUGCUGUAAUUGUAAAUCAUCUAGACACAUGUAGUGAAAUAGUAAACUAGAAGACACAAAUGAGCAACUGCCAAGUUUGAUGUGACAAUUCUAUCAUAGAGCACCUUGAUAAUGAACAUUUAUUUUUGUUCAUGGUUGAUUUUUGUGCCUGCAACAGAGAAUCACAACAAUAUUUUUAUUUCCCUGGCAUACCACAAAGGCAUUUAAGUUUUUAGCUUAUAUAAAAUUGGAAGAGUUGCAGUCAUUCCAUUCCAAGUAUACGGGUAGCAAUUGCAAAUAAAUCAGUCUCUGAGAUGUAUGGGUCAGCAUAGAAGUGGUGGUCAAAUCCUGAAAAAAAAAAUGUGCUCACCCUUAAAAUGUUCUGUUCUACUCUGAGGCCGUUUUGGAAUUCAGAAAAUAAUAAACAGGAGAAGAAAUAGCUACCCUUUUUAAUGCGAGUAUUUACUUAACAUUGUUUUGAAUUAAAUGGUUGGUUUGUCUUCCUCCGCUAGGUGGCGAUGUUUAUGCUACAGCUGAUGAUGGCUCAUCGAUAUUGUUUGAAGCAGCUGGAGGCGGCAAUCCAGACUGCAUAACUUUGCUGUUGGAAUAUGGGGGUGACGGUAAUUUGCCUAAUAAGGCAGGGCAGCUCCCUAUACACAGAGCAGCAUACGAGGGGCAUUAUUUGUGAGUAUUCUUUCGCUCUCCUGGCUCACAUAUAUUUGUGUGAAAAAGAGUAGAAAUGUUUUCGUUUUGGAUUUUAGUUGUACAGUACUUCGGUAUGUAUGUGCCACUACCAAUGUACAUGACACCAUAGCAAUAUAAUAUAAGCCAAAGAAGGUGCCAGGGUCCUGCCCAAAUUAGCUUAAAGUCUGCGGCUGCAUCCCUAUGCACAUUUACCUGGGAAAUAAGCCCCACUGAACAGGGGGCUUCUAUUCUAAGAAAACUAUUCUAUGUAAAGGGAUGCGGGCGGCGCUGUGGGUUAAACCACAGAGCCUAGGAUUUGCUGAUCAGAAGGUCGGCGGUUCGAAUCCCCGCAACGGGGUGAGCUCCCGUUGUUUGGUCCCUGCUCCUGCCAACCUAGCAGUUCGAAAGCAUGUCAAAAGUGCAAGUAGAUAAAUAGGUACCGCUCUGGUGGGAAGGUAAACGGCGUUUCCAUGUGCUGCUCUGGUUCGCCAGAAGCGGCUUAGUCAUGCUGGCCACAUGACCUGAAAGCUGUAUGCCGGCUCCCUCAGCCAAUAAAGCGAGAUGUGCGCCGCAACCCCAGAGUCGUCUGUGACUGGACCUAAUGGUCAGGGGUCGCUUUACCUUAUUCUAAGUAAACAUGCAUAGAAACAAGACUUUCUUCAGCUGGAGCUCACCGUAGCUCAGUUCUGGCACCUCUCAGGUGGGCACCAUUGCCAUUCUAAGAGAACAAGGGAGACAGUCAUGGCAGGGUCCAGCACAUCUUUUCUAUUUAAAAAAGAAAUAGCCCUGCAUAGAACUCACUGAAAAUCACUUGCUUUUCUUUAAUAAGAUGUGUUUCCUGGCCAAUCUCAGGUUGGUUACAGUGCACUCCUAUUGUACUUUAUUCCCACCACUUUGCAAAAUAGGCUUCGACCGAGAGACACUGUCCUAACUUUCUCAAGGCCGCCAGUUACAAGUAGACACAGUACAUGACAAGACGUGAACUUGGUGUGCCUCAAUGCUUUUGAGAAUUAUUGUGCUCUCCUUACAAAUUUAACACCCCCCCCCUUAAAAAAACCAAAGUUGCUAGAGGAGCCUUGGUCACAAGUUGCCCAACCUUGCAUACCCUCCAACAUUUCUCCAAUGAAAAUAGGGACCUCCUAAGGAAAAGCUGGACAUUCUGGGAUCAAAUCAGAAAUUGAGACGGCUUCUGUAAAUCCAGGACUAUCCCUGGAAAAUAGGGACACUUGGAGGGUCUGACCUUGUACUAAUAAAGCAUGUAGAAAUUCGCAGUGCUGUUAGAAAGGUGUGGGCACAACUAUCUCCAGUCACAGAUGACUAGCGCUACCACAUCAGUCAUGCAUUGGUAUUGUUACCUACACAGAGUUUCCAAAUGCAGUAAAUGUCUCUUUUCAGACCAGAGCGCUUUUUCAGUACAACAGUGAACCUCUGCCACAGUGAAGAUUAUGUAGGCUAGACACCCAUUUCAUAGAUCAGGGGGUCAGCAAACUUUUUCAGCAGGGGGCUGGUCCACUGUCCCUCAGACCUUGUGGAGAGGCUGGACUAUUUUUUUUUGGGGGGGGGGAUGAAUGAAUUACUAUGCCCCACAAAUAACCCAGAGAUGCAUUUUAAAUAAAAGCACACAUUCUAGUCAUAUAAAAACACCAGGCAGGCCCCACAAAUAACCCAGAGAUGCAUUUUAAAUAAAAGGACACAUUCCACUCAUGUAAAAACACGCUGAUUCCCGGACCGUCCGCUGGCCGCAUUUAGAAGGCGACUUAGCCGAAUCUGGCCCCUGGGCCUUAGUUUGCCUACCCAUGUCAUAGAUUAAGUAGAAACCAACAAUUUGUGUGUGUGUGGUAGACCACUGGGUCCGUCCAGUCUUGUUCUGUUUGCUCCAGGUAGCAGCAGUAGUCCAAACCUCAGGUAAAUGCGUUUUCCUACCUUGAGACCUUUUCAAGUGGAAAUGCUGGAACUGAACUCUACGACCUCAGUGAGCUACAGGUCCUCCCAUAAAGAAUCAAGUGUUAAGCUGUACGUAUAAUUAUACCUUUAACACAGAUAGUGGACUUUAGUUCUCAGAACAUACAGUGGUACCUAGGUUAAGUACUUAAUUCGUUCUGGAGGUCCGUACUUAACCUGAAUCUGUUCUUAAGCUGAAGCACCACUUAAGCUAAUGGGGGCUCCUGCUGCCGCUGCGCCGCCGGAGCACGAUUUCUGUUCUCAUCCUGAAGCAAAGUUCUUAACCUGAAGCACUAUUUCUGGGUUAGCGGAGUCUGUAACCUGAAGCGUAUGUAACCUGAAGCGUAUGUAACCUGAGGUACCACUGUACUAUAAAGCCCACAACUGAAAAAGUAGCAAAAUAAUAGUGUACACAACACCUCGUUCCAGCACUGAAACAACAGUUGCUUUCCUGAUGGCAGAAAAAGUGUGGCAGCCUGUUGUGUUUUUCAGAUUCCCCGUUAAAUUCAUUUUCUCCCCUUAGGGCCCUGAAAUUCCUAAUUCCCGUGACAUCCCAGACUGCAAUCCGGAAAAGCGGGCAGAGUCCCAUGCACUCGGCGGCAGAUGGCCAAAAUCCACAGUGCCUGGAACUCCUCAUUGAAAAUGGUUUUGAUGUCAACGCCAUCCUGGCAGAGCACAUUUCUAAAAGUUACGACGACGAAAGGAAAACGGCCCUUUACUUUGCCGUUUCCAACAAUGACAUUCUGUCCACCGAAGUAUUACUGCAAGCUGGCGCAGACCCAAAUAAAGACCCUCUCAACUGCCUCCUCGUGGCCGUGAGAGCUGGCAACCAUGAAAUCGUCAGGUUGCUUCUUUCUUACGGAGCAAACGUCAACUGCUACUUUAACCUUGUGAAUGACACCCAUUUCCCCAGCGCUAUUCAGUACGCCUUGAAUGACGAGGUGAUGCUAAGGCUGCUGCUGAAUCACGGAUACCUUGUGGAUCUGUGUUUUGACUGCAUGCAUGGGGACAUCUUUGGAAAUUCUUUCGUAUGGUCAACUCCGGAGGAAGAGGUGUUACCAGGAUGGACAUCUUGUGUCAUUAAAGAUAAUCCAGUAAGCACAUUCCAGGAUUUUCCAUUCUGCUCUGUACUACUCUUAAUUGAAGGGACGCGGGUCGCGCUGUGGGUUAAACCACAGAGCCUAGGACUUGCCGAUCAGAAGAUUGGCGGUUCGAAUCCCCGCGACGGGGUGAGCUCCCGUUGCUCGGUCCCUGCUCCUGCCAACCUAGCAGUUCGAAAGCACAUCAAAGUGCAAGUAGAAAAAUAGGUACCACUCUGGCGGGAAGGUAAACGGUGCUUCCGUCCGCUGCUGUGGUUCGCCAGAAGCGGCUUAGUCAUGCUGGCCACAUGACCCGGAAGCUGUACGCCGGCUCCCUCGGCCAAUAAAGCAAGAUGAGUGCUGCAACCCCAGAGUCAGUCACGACUGGACCUAAUGGUCAGGGGUCCCUUUACCUUCACCUAUUUUUAUAGUUAAGAUCGUAAGCAUUUCACUAUUACUAGAGUGCCUGCUUCCAACGGAAAAUGGAGCAUAGGGGAUAGAUUUUUAUGAAUAAUCAGCCCUUCCUCUAUUUUUAGCCAUGAUAACAAAGUCCAAGUAUAGAGUGAGGCUGAUGCUGCUAGCUAAGGGCUAUUGUAGGAAGAAAAUGUUGGCACAUGUUUUGUGUUCUUUCCUCAGCUGAUAAGGAUGCUUAGGGAUGCGUACAUAACACUGGCCCAUUGGUCUAGCUUUCUAAAAUCACUUAGGCCACAGUACGUAAAUUCAAGCCAGCUGAUUUAGUGCCACUGACUUCAUAGGAACCUGAUCUUAUCACCCACUGGUAAAAGGAAUACUCCAUGAACAAAUGAUAUACAUUCAAUUGGCGCAUGGUGCUAGGAAGAACUUUUGCUGGAACAUCACCAAUAUUAUGUGCAGUGCUAUGUGGGCAACAAAGCUAUCCCAGACACAAAAUAGCUCAAAUGAAAAAUAAUAUUAAGGUGGUACCAGUGGAAGCCGGAAGAGACCACUGGUCGUUCCAGUACUUGGUAUCCUAGUUGCCUCUUGGGUGCUAGGUGCAAAGAGGUCUGUUCUGUGUUUGGCUGACCUUAUAUUAGUUCCUAGAUUAAGGGAAAGAUAUAUGAACAAGUGAUAGAUCUGUUUACCUCUGCCAUCUUUUCUGGUCAUAAGAAAUCAGCAUUACUACAACAGUGCCAUGCAGCUAAAGAAAAUCUUGUUAAUCUUGUUAAUCAGUUAAUCAGAGGGCAAAAGCAAACAGAUGUCAAAUAAUGUAUCUGUUUUCAUUGCAGAAUGUAGCAUCCCAAUAUCUCUCAAAGACACACAGAAUAGUAGAAGUUAAAGAUGGCAUUUUUAUCUUUUAAGAAUUCUCUGUGUAUCUGAAGAAGUGUGCCUGCACACGGAAGCUCAUACCCAGAACAAACUUAGUUGGCAUCUAAGGUGCUACUGGAUUAUUUUUUUAUUUAUUUUGACUGCUUCAGACCAACACGGCUACCUACCUGAAUCUAGAAUUCUCUUCAGUCUCUUAAAGCAAAGUGCCAUAGUUCUUGGAUUAUUGCAUUGUAUUUUAUCAUGAUAUAUUUGUGAAUUCUGCACAGUUUUAUUGCAAGGACAUAUACCUUGGGAGAUUUAAAAAAUAACACUGGGUAUAUUUCGUUUCAGUUCUGUGACUUUAUCACCGUUCCUUGGAUGAAACAUUUAGUAGGACCCAUCGUUCGUAUUUUGAUAGAUUACAUGGAUUAUGUUCCCCUUUGCACAAAACUUAAGUUUGUCCUGGAGACCCAGAAAGAAUGGGCAGAGAUCCAGCAGAUAUUAGGUAAAUGUGCAGUCCUGGCUUGGAAAUAUGCACGUUGUUGAAUUCUGUAAAUAAUAGCUGGACCACAUUUUUCGUAGAUCCAAAAGUGUGCCUCUCGGGCACUUGAAUACGUUCUGUCAAUAGCCCCAUUUAUUUCCAAGGGAUUAUAUAUCCCCUGAUUUUAAGCAUUUUUACUUAGAAUAAAGAGGAUUUACUUCCAUAUAAAUGUGUUAAGAAUCAGCAGAGGGAAGUCUAGUAAUACUCUGCCUAGCAAAAAAAAAAAAAAAAGAUAAGAACCCAGAUGGAGGGAUGAGUCUUGGGAUGUGUGGGAUUGUCAGAGUGGAUGUAGCAAGGGAGAGAGCUUGCUUUGUAACCCCUGAUGUGGAAAAGAAAAGAAAUAUGGGUUGCAUUCAGCUUAGUGCUAAGGUACGCAUUCCAUCAGUGCAGGGGUUUCUCCUUCCACAACAGAAUGAUCUCCACCUGCGAUUUCCCUAAAACCUUGAACAGAUUUGGGACAACGCAGGGCACAUGAGAGGGAUAAGUGGGGUGGGAAUCCCAGUGCACUAGCGGUAAUCCAUAAGUGAAUGUGGUUUAAUUUGAAUAUUGCCCUUUAGAAAGUCUAUUGGUAAAGGCAGUGAGCCACAAAAAAAAAGCUUGCUUUCUUCCUAGUGGUCCAGCGAUAAAACUGCUGGCAUGUUUGCAAAGCUAAGCAGGGUCUGGUAUGGUUUCAGAUUGGAUGGGAGACUGCCUGCAUUGCAGAGGGUUGAACUAGGUGACAAACCCCCCUUUCCGGCUCUAUGCUUCACCUGACCUGCAUAAUCAUUAGUUUUUAUAGCAUCAUGCAUGAAUGGGCAAGGUAUUAAGCAGAGUCGCUAAGCCAUAUGCCGUAAGCCAUUAUGUCACAGCAGCACAUAAUGUAUUCUAAGAAAUGGAUAUUAGUGGCAAAAACAGCAGUAUUUAUUAAUUUUAUUUAUUUAGAGAAUUUGUACCCCACUCUUCAGCCAAAAAAGGGCUCCCAGUGUGGCUUACAUUACAAUCAGUUAAAACAAGGCAGUCCCUGCCUGCAUUGCUCAUCGUCUUAAAGAAAAACAACACAAGGGGAAAGGGACAGGGAGGGCAGAGGAAAAAUAUACUGUACACAUUGUUAAAUAGACAUAUUUUUUAGGUUGUGCUGGCAUCGUAUUUGCUAUGUGCUAUGCUGGUUGUUUGUAGUGUGAACUGAUCACCCUCCACAUGCCUCUUAGAUAGUCACUAAGUUAAUGGGACAUAUUUUCCAUUGCAUUUCCCUCUUUUGUUUCAUUUUUGUCUUCCAGAGAAUCCUCGCCCGCUAAAGCAUUUGUGCCGCCUGAAAAUACGUAAAUGUAUGGGAUUGGAGGGGACACAGAAGCCGCAGUCCAUGAACAGGCUUCCCGUUCCGCCAGUUCUUAAAGCCUAUAUCCUCUACAAAGAGUAUGAUCUUUAUGGGAGGGACCUACAUUUGCCGUGAUUUGCAGAAUCCAGACAUUAACACAUUUACUUGGAAGUUAAAUUUGGAGUAACCAUAAGGGUGCCAGAAAGGUGAACUAUGGCUUUGGAUCCAGAAGAGACCUUCUGCUUUCUUGCAUGUUGUGUGAGGCAAGUGAAACUAAAUUCAAAUACGUUCUUCAAAAACAUGAGAGCUGCUGUCACGUGUUAAUCCCAUAGCACUGUGUGAACUCUUACACAAACUCCACAAACUGAGUUUCACUCGUGGUUCCUUGGCACCAACAUUCCUUCCCUCCCACCCCCACCCCCCCAGUAUUUCUACGAAGCCAUAUAAAUUUGUGCUGUUCCCGUGAUACAAAUAACUGCCUCUCUCAAUACAUAUUGCAGUUAAAUUCUGUAUAUUUUCACAUAUCCAUCCUACAACACAGUUAUAUUUUCUUUCCUAUUUUUAAAAAUAAAAAUUGAACCUGAUCUUUGGACUCCACUCUAGCUCUAAGCAUUAAUACAUCUAACACUUGGUACCCAAACCAGAAAAGAAACAGAAAAGAAAACACCAACAUUCAGGCAUGAUCUGUACCCAUGAUUCUUGGGUCUAGCAGGAUACUGGAAGUCUCCCUUCUUACGAUCUUCACAUGGAAUCCCUUUGGACCUAGCUUUGCCACUUCUGUGAACACCUCACUAUAAAACGUUCAGUUCUUAAACAAGGCAAUUACAGCAUCCAAAGGAAAAAGGGAGCAACACGGCAUUUAAUGUAGAAAACUAAAUAGCGAUCCAGCUAUUUGACUAAUAACAGUUCACUACUUUUAUGCGAAUGCACAAUGAUUCGCUAUUGACGGGCGAGAUGCAAAUAAUUUGCUGUUAAAUGUCACUUGAGUCCUUUAUCGAAAAAGAUCCAAGGCAGCUUAUAAGAAAAAAGGGUAUACAAAAUUCAAGAUACGAUGCAAGAAAAACAGCAAGUUAUCCAUAUAAUACGAAAGCUGAUCACCCCAUAAAAAUUGACAGAACUGGCCCUGGUACAAAAACCAACAACUGGGAAUUAAUAAAGCAGCCCAUUUCAAUCUAAAUGUUGGAUAUAUCUGGAGUAUCCGUGUUGGGGCAUACAAAGCAUGCCUGAUGUGUUUUAUUUUAGUCCCCUCCAAUUUGUAUGUGCUUAAAUUAUCCCUGUUGACAGCGCCAGUAGCAACCUAGCUGAAUGAUACGCCUAUGAGGCAUGUGGCCAUAAUCUCUUGCUGACUUGUGCCUAUUUUGGAGGAAGAGAGACACGGUAUGGCUAUGGUACAAGACCAAAGUACUAGGCCCCAAGGUUGUUGGAGGCAAACACUGAAUUAUUUGUGUGUUGUGGGGUGGGGGUAAACUUAAGGGAAACUGAGAGUGUCAAACGAGAAGUUAGAAGAGAUGAAGGACAGGCACACAUUACCACAUAGUUCCCUGGCUGGAAUAAGUGAAAGCAUAUCCUCCAACAUUUCUCCAAUGAAAAUAGGGACAUCCUAUUCAAUUAUUAUUAUUAUUAUUAUUAUUAAUUAUUAUUAAUAAUAAUAAUUUUAUUAUUUCUGCACUGUACAUCUGACUAGAUUGUCCCAGCCACUCUGGGCGGCUUUCAACAUACGUAAAAACAUAAUAAAGUUAUACAGGGCUGCCUUCAGAUGUUUUCUAAAGGUUGUAUGGUUACUUAUAUCCUUGGCUCAGGGUGUCGCAUAACUCCAUACCCUCCCAACAUUUCUCCAAUGAAAAUAAGGACGUCCUCAGGAAAACAGGGGUGGGUGGCGCUGUGGUCUAAACCACAGAGCCUAGGUCUUGCUGAUCAGAAGGUCGGCAGGUCGAAUCCCCGUGACGGGGUGAGCUCCCGUUGUUCGGUCCCUGCUCCUGCCAACUUAGCAGUUUGAAAGCCCAUCAAAAUGCAAGUAGAUGAAUAGGUGGGAAGGUAAACGGCAUUUCCGUGUGCUGCUCUGGUUUGCCAGAAGCGGCUUAGUCAUGCUGGCCACAUGACCCGGAAGCUGUCUGCGGACAAACGUCGGCUCCCUUGGCCAGUAAAACGAGAUGAGCACCACAACCCCAGAGUCAUCCGCGACUGGACCUAAUGGUCAGGGGUACCUUUACCUUUACCUUUAAGGAAAACAGGGACAUUCUAGGAUCAAAUCAGAAACCGGGGCAGCUUCUGUAAAUCCGGGACUGUCCCUGGAAAGUAAGGUAAAGGGACCCCUGACCAUUAGGUCCAGUCGUGACCGACACUGGGGUUGCGGCGCUCAUCUCGCUAUAUAGGGACACUUGAAAGGUCUGAUUGUUUUUACUUUAUGCAAAGCCUCCUUUCUGUCUAAGGAUCUGCCAUGCUGCUUUUAGCCAUCUCCUUCAGUUGCCAAAACUGCAAAGGAAGGGAGUCCCCGCAGACUCUCAGGAUCAGCCUCUCUUAGUGCACAACUGUGUUUCUGGGGUUGUGAGCGAAAGAUUGCACCACUAAGUGCCUUGGCAUGGAAAGUCAUAUAAUUACAGCAUCCUACUUCCACACCCAAAAGUUACAUUGUAGAAACGAGUAAUUAGUGUUUGCCAGGAAAAUAGGUCAGUAGGAGGGGGCUGUGUGAAUGUGAACAAUAAUACACAUUCAAGUCAAGUGAGAAUUAUUUGGGUAUUUCUUCUUUAAAUAACACCCUAGCAUGUUAUUAGGGUGGGAAUUUUGGUAGCACGCAGAAGUAUUCAGCAAUAAUACAGGGUACCACCCACUAGGCUUCUUCUGCUGUGCAUUAUCAGGCAAGAGCCUUUAAAAUGAAUUGUGAUUUCACAGUAACAGCGUCAUGAUACAGAGAUGGAGGAUGUAGCCUAUCAGAUAUUUUUGGGCUCCUGCCCCCAUCACUGCGGUCCAUUGGCCACGCUGGUUGGGGCUGAUGGGUGUGGGAAUUCAACAACAUAAGACCCAUCUCUGCUUUAAUAGAUUACUCCCAUCAUGUCCAUUUUAGAGCAUUAUACGUAAAACCAUGUAAAAUAUCAGAAAGUGUUUAGUGCAAAAAUAAAUAGAUGGAUAAAAUCUCAGUGGCCAUAGUUUAAAAAUGUUAAAUCAAUCUGCAGAUAGUACUAUACACUUCUUUGCAUAAAGUUUUUAUAUCGUGUGCCUAUUUCAAUACUGUCUUUUAAAAAUUAGCAUUUAAAUUUGUUCUAAUUACAAGGUGGAUUAAAAAUUAAGCAUGGGGACAAAAUAGUGCCUGGCCAAAAAAGCAGUAAUCAAGGUAUGCUGGUAAAGAUAGGUUCACUGGCAUAAAAUAUCACUGCACUCAACAAAGCCACACCUUUUUUUAAAAAAAGAAUACAGUAUUAAGGUGAUCUACAGCUGUAGAAAUAAUUGCUAUUGUUCUGUUAUUUUCAAAACGUUGGAUUUUAUGCAAUCUAAGAUAAGUUGAAAGGAACAAAAAAUAAAGGAGGGCAAUGAUUUGAAAACAACAUCAUGUAGAUGCCCUAUGAAAAGUGAGUGAGCAAAGCGAACUGAGUUUAGGGAGAAAGACAAUAUAGUGAGAGUGUUUGAUUAAGGCAUUUUGAUACCUGAGGCAGAAAAUCCAAAUUGUGACCUUCUUCAGCGAGGGUAAAUAUAUACAGUGGCACCUUGGUUCUCAAACUUAAUCUGCUCCGAGAGUCCGUUCGACUCCCGAAACUGUUCAAAAACCAAGGCGCAGCUUCCAAUUGGCUGCAGAAGCUUCCUGCAGCCACUGAAGUUGCGUCACAUGUUCGGCUUCUGAAAAAUAGUACCUUGGGUUAAGAACUUUGCUUCAGGAUGAGAACAGAAAUCAUGCGGUGGUGGUGCGGUGGCAGCGGGCGGCCCCAUUAGCUAAAGUGGUACCUCAGGUUAAGAAGUUUCAGGUUAAGAACGGACCUCCAGAACUAAUUAAGUUCUUAACUCAAGGUACCACUGUAUACAUUGAAUAAACCAGUUUGCUGCCCUGUCAUGGUAUUUUGUCAUCUGGUGCUUGAAUUAGCCCGUGUCAAAUGGUGGGCUUGCCCUAGCUUGAACUUUGCAUCCAGUGCUAGACACUUUGAAGAGGCCAAGUCUGCACGGGAAGUAUUUCGCUCAUGUCUUACUGUAGAAUCACAGAAUUGUAGAGUUGGGAGGGUCAUCUAGGCCAACCCCCCCCCCCCCACACACACAUAAAAAUGCAGGAAUCUCAACUAUAGCAUCCAUGACAGAUGGCCAUCCAAUCUCUGCCUUGAAAACCUCCAAGAAAGGAGAACCCACAACCUAUUGAGGGAGAUUGUUCCACUGUCAAACAGUUUCUGCCUUACUCUAUCACUCACUGAUAGAAUGAAAAAGAACAUGAUUUCCACCUUGACUUCAUGUUUACAAUACCAUCAGGGCAGAUAACCUGAACAACAGGGCCAUUUGGCAAAAACACUCAGCUGAAAAGUUAUUCCUUCACAUGCCUUUAGCAAUAUGUUUUGCCUGGCGUUGCUGUCCUGAUACCACUGUUAAAUGUAGGGGAUGACUCAUCGUUCUCAAGGACAAUACAGUAUGCCCAGUUUUCAAAUCUGUCUGUCCGUCAGCCAUGCUUAGAUGUCUGAAAGUCUCGACCUCUCUCACCCUUUUCAGCCUCCCCCCCCCCAUUAAAGAAACAGCUUUGUAACACAGAUUUACAUGCAGCGACGAUAUACAUGCAGGAAGGCUUUGUUUCCCAAAAACGGAUCGCCAUAGUACCUGUGUGAUAACACACAAGGUGUUUACGUAGCUGCACAAGUCAAGCUGACACAAGUUGAAUGUGAGAGGCACAAGGAACCUUUCACACCUUCCCUCGUGGCACUAUUUGUCAGUGCAGUGGCUUAUCUGGGGGCUCAGGUUAGGCCUUCAGGGAUUGCGUGUCGAGACCCCGCAGCCACCCCCUCUUUGGAAAUAACUCACACAAGGACACAGAUAUUAGGUUUAUGUUACUGGGCAAAUUUUGGCCACAACUUUAUUGAAUUACAGAAUGUGAGCGGUAUUGGCUUAGGCAUUGAUUCGACCUGACUUUAUCUGACUCCUGCCCAUUGUGCAGGAAGUCCAGUAAGGGUAAGCCACCGGUAGGGGGAGCCCUGUUGAUGCGAACCAACUCAAGUUCCCCCUGGUGUUCCCAUCGGGGUCGUGUCAGGGCCUUAGCCCCCCAGCUGGGCUUCGGACCAGAUCAACACCCCCAGAUUCCUUUAACGGAAUACCCUUAAGCAUGGAGGGGCAAGUGAUGGCCAUACCUCACCUCCCCCAUACAAGGUCAAACAAUGCCUAACUGCAACCCUAACAAAGUUGUGACAAUUGCUACGAGGUAGGCGAAAACCAAGUGGCGAGUGCCAAUUUGCCAAGUGGAAAAAUUCCUACCAGGCCCCUCAGACAACCAAGGCGACCACCCAAAGUCCAUAGCAAGGCCAUUGCCUAACCCGCAAAAUAGGGAGGGAGGGCGGGUGAUUGAGGAAGCGAGCCAAAGAGGAAGUCCUCUGGCUCACUCCUUAGUUUAAACGGCCCCGGCCAUGCCCCCCCCCCAGCCAGCGGAUUGGCUGGCCGGGCUCUGACGUGGCCUGGAUCCCCCGGGCAACGGGGGACAAAGGGGAGUGGGUGGCCACACAUUCCACCGCAACUCCUCCCCACUGGGAAGUGGAACAGAUUUGUGGGAUGUGAGAUACGGUUUUGGGGAGUGGCAGGAAAAAAUGAAGGGUGGUCAAGGUGUGCUGGGAGAGGCAGACAGUUGUGUCCCUUUGCAUACUUUCCAGCAUUCCUCAGAUGAAAAUAGGGACAUUUCUCAGUCCCCCAUAACUGACCUUACUUGACCCUCCCCGUUUUUGCUCCUCUCCUCUGUAGAGCAUUUCCUAUCAGAAGAAGUGCAAGUGUCACUACCUUUCACCAAUGAGACAGCACAGUUAAGUCCAGUCGAAGGCGACUCUGGGGUUGUGGCGUUCAUCUCGCUUUCAGGCCAAGGGAGCCGGCGUUUGUCCACAGAUAGCUUUCCGGGUCAUGUGGCCAGCAUGACUAAACUGCUUCUGGAGCAACGGGACACAGUGACAGAAACCAGAGCGCACGGAAAUGCCGUUUACCUUCCCGCCAUAUUUGUCUACUUGCACUGGCGUGCUUUCGAACUGCUAGGUUGGCAGGAGCUGGGACAGAACAAUGGGAGCUCACCCCAUCGCGGGGAUUCGAACUGCCGACCUUCCGAUCGGCAAGCCAAGAGGCUCGGUGGUUUAGACCACAGCACCACCCGUGUCCCUACCAGUGAAACACAGCACAGACACCCUCCACCAUCCUGAGAAAAAAUCCCUAAUCCCAAUUUAUUUUAUUUCUUGGUAGAUUUACAAAAAGAGCACACGAUGAAUUUUAGAAAGGAGCAAAAUUAGACACAGAAGCACAAAUCAUGCUUUUUUAAUUAAAAAAAAAAAUCAAGACUCCUUGUGCUCCACUCUGCUCCCCCUUCCUUCCCUCCUAGGGCAGCCCUGCCCUCUGCCUGUCCCUCAGACCUGGCAAUUCACACAGGGCUGGGCCUCAGUGGCAGCAGUCUCUUCCCCUGUCACAGUCCAGUCUACGGGCGAUCGAAGUCCCGGCUGAGGACGUUGGGACCAGGAGCAAGGUGGCGGGGUGGGAGCAGGAACGAGAGUCCAGAAGCCAGGGGUCCGAGGGUCAGGAAGCAGGGAGUCACGAAGUCUAGGGUCCGAGGGUCGAGAAGUAAGGAGUCAUGAAGUUGAGGGUUGAGAAGCAAGGAGUCAAGAAGCCAAGGUCCGAGGAUCAGGAAGCAAGAAGCCAAACGCAGCAAGGCAGAAAACAAGUUGCUGUGGCAAAGAGCCGAAGGGAAAUGCUGACCUUAUAUCCCUUCCCAGCUCUUGCCCCCAGGCGCAUUGAGUUACCAAACGGCCUCACCUGUGCAGCCACGCCUUGCCUCUUCAGAACAAACUUAGGAAGGCCCCAGUCCUGCGAAGCCCUACUGGUCACAGGGCCUGGCUCCUGCACGCACCCCUGACACCUCGCCCACUCUCCAGCAGCUGCUAUGAGAUGCCCAAGGGAAGAGGCCAGCAGCAGCGGCCAUGGAGAGGCAACAGGGUGCUCCCUUGCAGCCUUCACUGCUGCUUCCUCUGCUCAGGAUGAGUACCGACUCAUCCUCCACCCUGAGCUCAGCACAAGCGGGGGAAAGAGGGACAUUCCGAGAUCAAAUCAGAUACUGGGAUGGCUUUUUAAUUCUGGGACCGUCCUUGGGAAAUCGGGACACUUGGUGGGUAUGCCUUUGCACCUCGGACUGGAAAGCUAGGCUGUUGUGAACAGAGAGCAGAGUUUUUGAACUUACUCAUCGCUUGGCACCCUUUAUCAGCAGCCGCAGAGGCUGCUUCUGACUGAGUUGAAUUAUCUGCAGUUCCCUGACCACGGUGGCGCGGAGAAUAAGAACCAGAGCCUAUUUACUCCUUAGGGUCCAGGGUUUGAGUUUAAUGGUAAAAGAAAAGAACACAGACAAGGGUGUGUAGCUGUCGGGGCUUCAGGAAUUCUACUCCUUCCCUUUGGCAGUAAGAAGCAGAGAAACAAGAUAAGUCCUUUUUAGUGAGUUUAUUCAUUCAUACCAGAGAGAGAGACAAAAGAACACUGUCUACCCUAAUCAUGGCGUUGCUCAAACUGGGCUCCUCCUUCCUUCCUUCCUAGCAGCAGUCCUUACGGUGACUACUCAUGGUCAAAUGUCUGAUUCGGUCGUUCCUGCGCUCUUAACGAACGCUGAGUUCUGGGAGAAGGGGGAUCAGAAAGACCCUCCAGUGGCAACGCAUCAAUUGGCUGGACCACCAUAGUUCCCCUCUAACACUUCGCAACUCUUCUGUUCACCUAUCUAUGAGCUUUGACUUCCCUCAAACCCCUGCUGUAAAUCAACACUGCGUUCCUCUUCUCCUGCAGCGUCAGGAGAUGGGGUGGUGAUCUUCACCAUUCCUCCUCCUCUUUCUCAUGCUCUUGAGUCCAAUCCUUGACAGUAGCGCUCUGAUCAACUAAAUCCAGGCAUUCUGAAGGUGGAAAACACAAGCAGCUGCUCCAGAAAUCUAUCCUGCUACAUUGAUAGAAUCGGUGAAAUUAAAUGGCAAGUGUGAUAUCACCU